CAAUAUUGUUCCAAUUUAAUGGAUUCCUAAUUCCACUUCCUAAACAAAGAUGAUUCUUCUUCUUUUACUGUUAUACAUUCCGCCAUUGUCAAAAAGACGGUGCCAUAUCAAUUACUAAAUAAUUAAAUUCUUUCACCAAUUUUUUUCUCUCGUUUUUUUCCGUCAUUAAAUUUACUUCGUCGCCUAUUCUUCUUUCUAAUGAAUCCAUAAUUUUUUACUGAUUUGGCUAGCCAAGGUUAAUCGGCGUCUCAGCCAUGGAUAGAAGAAUAGACGACAGAAGAGAAGAGAGUGAAAUAGACGACGAAGAGUUCGACGACGACAAGAAUAAUAAGCCGUCGUGGAAGAAGUUUUUUACGGCGUUGAUUAGGAAUGAAUCGGUCGGAAGUGAGAUUGUCGUCGGAGAAGGAAGCAUUAGCGGGAGAUCUUCUUCCCGUCCUGCUUAUUUCAUUCAUCCUGAUAAAAGGUGGUAUAAAGUGUGGACGCAUUUCAUUCUGAUAUGGGCAAUUUACUCAUCCUUCUUCACUCCUCUAGAAUUCGGUUUCUUCAGAGGUUUACCGGAGGAUCUUUUUCUUCUCGACAUCGUCGGCCAAGUCGCUUUUCUUAUCGAUAUUGUCGUUCGUUUCUUCGUCGCUUAUCGCGACCUUCGCUCUUAUCGCCUUGUCUAUAAUCGCAAUCUCAUCGCCGUUAGGUACUUAAAAUCUAGGUUUUUGGUUGAUUUGUUGGGUUGCUUGCCUUGGGAUGCUAUCUAUAAAGCUAGCGGGAAAAAAGAGGGUGUAAGGUACAUGUUAUGGAUUAGGUUAAGUCGGGCUUUACGAGUGACGGAGUUUUUCGAGAGGUUGGAGAAAGAUCUCAGGAUCAAUUACCUUUUUACAAGAAUUGUUAAACUUCUUGUUGUUGAACUCUACUGCACUCAUACCGCUGCCUGUAUAUUCUACUAUCUUGCUACUACUGUACCUGCCUCCGAGGAAGGUUACACAUGGAUUGGAAGUUUACAAAUGGGUGACUAUCACUAUAUGAACUUCAGAGAUAUUGAUCUUUGGAAGCGCUAUAUCACGUCACUUUACUUUUCUAUUGUUACCAUGGCAACCGUCGGUUACGGAGAAAUACAUGCUGUUAAUGUUAGGGAAAUGAUAUUCGUUAUGAUUUAUGUAUCAUUUGACAUGAUUCUCGGGGCUUAUCUACUUGGUAACAUGACUGCAUUGAUUGUGAAAGGAUCAAAAACUGAAAGGUUUAGAGAUAAAAUGUCUGAUCUCAUUAAAUACAUGAACAGAAACAAUCUAGGGAAGGGCAUAAGUAAUGACAUUAAAGGGAAUUUAAGAUUACAAUAUGACCGAAGCUGCACUGACGCUGCUAUUCUUCAGGAUAUUCCUGCUUCUAUUCGAGCAAAGAUCUCACAAAAGUUAUAUGAACCAUUUAUUAAAGAAGUUCCCCUUUUUGAAGGAUGCUCUUCGGGAUUUAUCAAGCAAAUUGCAAUUAAAGCUCAUGAAGAAUUUUUUCUCCCUGGCGAAGUCAUCACUGAGCAGGGUCAUAUAGUGGAUCAGUUUUAUGUUGUCUGUCAUGGUGAAUUAGUCAUGGAGGAAGCAGGAGGACAAGAAAAUGAUGAAACAGAGGAGUUUCCUAUGUCUAUGCAAACCUAUGGCUCAUUUGGUGAAAUUUCUUUUUUUUGCAACACUCCUCAGCCAUACACAGUUCGAGUUCGGGAAUUGUGCAGGCUCUUACUAGUUGAUAAGCAAUCCUUUAUGGAGAUACUAGAGAGUUACUUCUCCGAUGGACGAAUUAUAUUGAACAACCUCAUCGAGGGAAAGGAUUCCAAUUUCCAGAAUGAAUUAAUGGAGUCAGAUGUUGCCCUUUACAUUGAAAAAUCUGAAUCAGUUCUAGCUGCAAGGCUGAAUUGUGCUACAAAUGAUGGGGACAUUUAUCGUCUGAAACGUUUUAUUGGGGCAGGAGCAGAUCCUAACAAGACAGAUUAUGAUGGAAGAUCACCUCUGCACAUUGCCGCUUCUAAAGGGUAUGGAGAUAUAACGCUUUUCCUUAUAGACCAAGGAGUGAAUGUCAACAUUUCAGAUAAGUUUGGAAAUUCUCCCUUGCUUGAGGCUGUUAAGAAUGGGCGUGAUGAAGUAGCUUCAUUACUGGUUCAAGCGGGGGCAACAUUGGCAACUGAUGAUUCUGGUAGUUUUCUAUGUAUGGCGGUUGCAAGGAGGGAUUUGGGUCUUUUAAAGAGGGCUUUGGGCAAUGGAAUGAAUCCAAAUGCCAGAAGUUUUGAUUGCCGAACGCCACUCCAUGUAGCUGCUGCAGAAGGGUUGUACCCAAUUGCAAGUUUACUUGUGGAAGCAGGAGCUGGUGUUUUCUCAAAAGACAGAUGGGGAAAUACCCCACUUGAUGAUGCUCGUGUUGGUGGCAAUAAGAGUUUAAUCAAUUUGCUUGAGGUUGCAAAAACAGCUCAGAUGGCUGAGUUUUCUGCUUCCCAUCAACUGAUACAAGCCGAAAAGCGACGAGAGAAGUGCACAGUCUUUCCCUUUCACCCAUGGGAUCCAAUAGAGAAGAGAAAAAGUGGAGUGGUUUUGUGGGUUCCACAAACAAUGGAAGAGCUUGUCAAGGCAGCAAUGGAGCAAUUAAAAUGCUCAAGUAACUGCAUUUUGUCUGAAGACGGAGGUAAAAUUCUCGAUAUCGACAUGAUUAAUGAUGCACAGAAGCUAUAUUUGGUCAGUGAAGAAUAGCAUAAGUGGCCUCAAACAAAUCCUAUAGUAAAAGGUUGUUAAGCUAAUUCAACCAUUAAAUGUCAUAUCUAUGCAUACAUUGUUAUCCAAUGGAAGCCAUUUGCACGUUCAAUUGUGCAAAUAGAAAUAUUAUAUUCGAUGCCAA